UUGUGUCGGUCCUGCCGGUCGGGUUGAUGUUGGGUUUGAGCCGGGGCCAUGGUGUUCGAGGCGCUGGUGGCCGAGCUCCUCAACCGGGGCCUCGGGGAUUAUGUGGAAAAUCUGGACAAGUCGCAGCUCAAGCUGGGCAUCUGGGGAGGAAACGUGGUCCUUGAGAACCUGAAAGUCAAAGAAAAUGCACUAAAUGAUUUGGAUGUCCCUUUCAAAGUCAAGGCUGGACAGAUAGACAAGCUUACUUUGAAGAUCCCAUGGAAGAAUCUGUACAGUGAAGCAGUGCUCGCUACCCUGGAUGGUUUGAAUCUUCUGGUUGUUCCAGAAGCAAGUAUCAAAUAUGAUGCAGAAAAGGAAGAGAAACAGCUGCAGGAAAACAAGCAGAAAGAACUACUCCGAAUUGAAGAUGCCUUGCAAAAAGCAGCAAAGAAAGGUAAACCAAAAGAAGAGAAAAAGGACUCCUUUGCGGAAAAACUUGCAACUCAGAUUAUUAAGAAUCUGCAAGUCAAAAUAACAAGCAUUCAUGUGAGAUAUGAAGAUGCUAUUACAGACUCUUCGAGGCCCAUUUCUGUUGGUGUCACAUUGGGAGAACUUAGUUUACAGACAGCAGAUGAAAACUGGACACCAUGUAUUCUGACUGACACUGCAAAAAUCAUCUACAAGCUUGUCCGUUUAGAUUGCCUUUGUGCCUACUGGAAUGUGAACAGUUCAUUGUUUUGCCAAAACUCGAGGGAACAAAUCUUGGUGAAGCUGAAAGAAGGGAUAGCUUCAAGUGCUCAUGAACCCAAAAAUCACGACUACAUUUUUAAGCCAAUAUCGGCUUCUGCGAAACUUUGCAUCAAUCCUUACGCUGAAACUGAAUUGAAUUCACCAAAAAUAAAUUUGGACAUGGAAGUGCAUAGUAUUGACAUAGAGAUGACGAAACCUCAGUAUCUCAGUAUUAUAGAUCUGUUGGAAUCUGUGGACUAUAUGGUUAGAAACGUUCCUUAUAGAAAAUACAAGCCCGAUGUGCCACUUCAGAAAAAUGCCAUUAAAUGGUGGCAAUAUGCAAUCACAGGAAUUCUGGAAGUUCAUGUCCGGAGAAAAUAUCACAUGUGGUCCUGGGCCAACAUCAAAAGCCACAGACAAAACCUGAAGGCUUACAAAGCGGCUUAUAAGAGCAAAUUGACGCAGACUAAAUUAUCUGAAGAAUUAUUGAAACAACUUCAGAUCCUGGAAAAAUCACUGGAUAUUUUCAACAUCACAUUAGCAAGACAGCAGGCACAUGUCGAGGUGAUUAGAUCAGGACAUAAGAUGCUGGGGAAGAAGGGAUCGGAGAAGCAGAGUGGGGGCUGGUUCAGUGGAUUAUGGGGAAGAAAAGAAUCCAAGAAGAAGGGUGAAGAGGAAGAGAAAUCAGUCCCAGAAAGUAUUAAUGACCUCAUGACUGGUGAAGAAAAGACCAAGCUGUAUACUGCAAUUGGAUACAGUGAGAGUUCCCACAACUUGACUUUACCCAAAGAGUAUGUUGCACAUGUGAUCAGCUUCAAGUUGGUCACUACCUCCAUCACUAUCCGAGAGGAGCCCAAUGUUCCAGAGAUACUGAAUGUGCAGGUGAUUGACCUGAGUGUGAGCAUGUUUCAGCGUCCUGGAGCUAAAGGUCUUAAAGUGGAGGCCAGACUGGACCACUGGUAUGUUACAGGUUUGAAACAACAGAAUACAGUUCCGUCUCUCAUGGCUUCCGUUGGAGGCACAGAGUCCUCUUUGCUCAGUGUCUGUUUUGAGAUUAAUCCAGAAGGAAGCAAUGCAGAUCAGUUUUUAGCUGUCCGGUCUCAACCAGUGGAGCUGAUUUAUGAUGCUCAAACGAUAAACAGUUUGGUAGAGUUUUUCCAGACUAACCGAGGACUCGACCUUGAGCAGCUGACUUCAGCCACUUUACUGAAGUUGGAGGAGAUCAAAGAAAAGACUGCAACAGGUUUGUCAUACAUUAUUGAAACACGCAAAACGUUUGAUCUCCGAAUCAACAUUAAACCAUCCUACCUCGUGGUGCCACAGACUGGCUUUUAUGAUAUGAAUUCAGACUUACUGAUUGUGGACUUUGGAAGUUUACAGUUAAACAGCAUUAGCCACAAUGACGAAAAAGCAACAUCCCCAAGUUAUUCAUUGGAGGAAAUUCUGGAACGAGCCUAUGAAAAGUUUGAUGUGGAGCUCAGAAGUGUACAGCUUUUGUUCAGCAAGCCAGGUCAAGAUUGGAAGUCUGCUCAGAAACAAUGCUCCUCAUCUCAGCAUAUAUUGCAGCCUAUGGAUAUCAAGGUGCAGCUUUCAAGAGCCAUAGUGGAGAAAGAUACCAGGAUACCCAAAUUUAAAGUCUCUGGUGAACUCCCUUUACUUCAUGUCAGAAUGUCAGAUCAGAAAAUCAGAAGUGUUUGUGAGCUUGCUGAUAGCAUUCCCUUUCCUCAAAGUUCCUUAUCCUCCAGAUCACCUAUCAAAGCAAAGAUGUCAUUGGCAAAGCCAAGAAAGGAAUUUGAUCCUCAUCUUGUAGCUGUUGGUUCUUCAGCAUCGCUGGAGGCAAAUGAUUCCAGCUCACUAGAAUCUGACGAGUUCUGUGAUGCAAAGGAAGAAGUUGACUUGCCAACUAAACUAGCAAUGGCAGCUGGUGUUGCACAGCCAUCUCAAAUUCAGAAGGAUGAUGAGAGUCUGCAUGAGGAGCUCACAGCUCUCCAGCUGAAGUUUGAAGUUAAAGAGGUAGUUAUUGAACUGACAAGGCAAGAAGACCAGGAGAAACCACUGCUUGUUUUCAGUAUAUCUCAGUUGGGUACUGAAGUGAACAUCAGAACAUUUGAUUUGACGUCUACAUCAUAUUUGAAGAAAAUCACCUUAGAUUAUUGUGAAUUCCCUGAUGACCAAAAUCAGAAGCUACAUUUGAUCAGUUGUGCAGAUACACCAGGUUCAGAUCUUCUGAAAGUGGAAUACAUAAAGGCUGAUAAAAAUGGACCACAUUUCAAAAUGAAUUACAACAGCACCGAACAAAUGCUCAAGGUCGCAUUUUCUUCACUUAAUCUUCUUCUGCAUACACAAGCUUUACUUUCAACCAUCAAUUUUCUGACAACAGUUGUUCCGUCAGGCAACAUGGACUCUAUUGAUAAGGAUCAUGAAGUGAAGGCACAAAAGCAGAAACAGGAUAAAGGGGUUGCCACAAAAACAGUUUUGAAAAGCUCAAGGGAUACUGACGUGGUUGUUUUCAAGAUGUUUGCCAUGAUGGAUGCAUUUAAUGUGGCCGUGUGUGAUGAGAAGUGCAGUAUUGCAGACAUUAGAGUACAAGGUUUGGAUGCAUCUGCUUCAGUGCAAUCAAAGCAAAUGGAAGUCUCUGCCAGCCUUCGGGAUAUUGUUGUUACAGAUGUGGAUUCCAAGACUCUACAUAAAAAGGCUGUCUCCAUUGUUGGAAAUGAAGUGUUCAGCUUUAAUGUAACCUUGUAUCCGAAUGCUAUUGAUGGUGAGGACUAUACUGAUAUGUCAAAGGUGGAUGGCAAAGUCACAUUACGAGUUGGCUGUAUUCAGAUUAUAUAUCUACAUAAGUUUGUUAUGUCAUUACUGGACUUCUUUGACAACUUCCAAGCAGCAAAGGAAGCAUUAAGUGCAGCCACAGCCCAGGCUGCAGAAAAAGCAGCCUCCAGUGUGAAGGACUUUGCUCAGAAAAGUUUCCGACUGGCAAUGGACAUAAAUUUGAAAGCUCCAGUUAUCAUCAUUCCUGAGUCCUCCAUCUCAAUGAACGCCCUAGUAGCAGAUUUGGGUUUAAUUACUGUUCAGAAUAGAUUCACUCUGAUCCUGGACGAGGGCUUCUUGGUACCACCUGUGAUGGACAUCAUGGAUGUUCACCUAACACAGCUGAAACUUUCAAGAACUAUCCUGCAGACCAGUUCAUCUCAGCUUGACAUUCAAAUGCUGCAGCCCAUCGACUUACACCUCACUGUGCAAAGAAAUUUGGCAGCAGCCUGGUAUCUCAAAAUACCGAGUGUGGAAAUCAAAGGACAUUUAAAGACUAUGAAUAUUGUUCUCAGUGAAGAAGAUCUAACUGUUCUGAUGAAGGUCUUUCAGCAAAACCUUGGUGAAGGCAGCAAAAAACCAAGUGCAGCAAAAGCACUUAAGGAUGAAGGAAAAAAAAAACUGAAAGAUCCCAAAGAGGCUGCUAAGACUGAAAAAAUUGUGGCAAAUGAGAGCUCAGCAGCAGGUCAUCUUUUGGAAAUAAUGAAAGGAGUGCCAAAUGACAGUGUCGACGUUCAGCUGAAUUUUGAAAUCAAAGAGGUUGUAGUAGAAUUAACAAAACAAAUUAACAAGCAGAAGAGCUCGUUUCUUGUGUUUCAUGUGGUACAAUUGGGAAGUGAGACCAAAGUAAGGAAAUAUGACUUGACUGCAACAGCCUACUUGAAGAAAAUCUCUCUGAACUGCUGUGAAUUUCAAGAUUCAAAUAACUUACCACUUAACUUGAUCAGUUCUUCAGACAAACCCGGAGCUGAUCUUCUGAAAGUGGAAUACAUUAAGGCAGAUCGAAAUGGACCACAUUUCAAAAGUACUUAUGACAGUACUGAACAGAAACUGAGGGUUGCCUUCUCUUCCCUCGAUCUGAUCCUGCAUUCUCAAGCCUUGCUUUCAACCAUGAACUUUAUGGCAGCUGUGUUUCCAUCAGGUGACAUUGAUAAGGAUCGUGAAGCAAAGCCAAGCACAGACCAUGCGAAGGAGACUUCGAUAAAAGCAGUACCUGUAGACACAGCCGUUGAUGUGUUUGAUCUGAAGUUUUCUGUUGAACUGGGGGCAUUGAACAUAUUUGUUUGUGAUAAAAAUUUCAGCAUUGCUGAUAUCAAAAUACAAGGUAUGGAUGCAUCUGUGUCUGUGCACCCAAAGCAGACAGAAGGUUUUGCCCGACUCAGAGAUAUCAUUGUCACAGAUGUUGUCUCAAGGACUCUACAUAAAAAGGUUGUCUCCAUUAUUGGUGAAGAAGUCUUCAGCUUCAAGAUGGUUUUGUGUUCCAAUGCUACAGAGGGAGCGGACUAUCUUGAUAUGUCAAAAGUGGAUGGGGAAGUGACUUUGCAAGUGGGUUGCAUUCAAUUGGUGUACCUACACAAAUUCUUUAUGUCAUUGCUGAACUUCUUUGACAACUUCCAAGCAGCAAAGGAAGCAUUAAGUGCAGCCACAGCCCAGGCUGCAGAAAAAGCAGCCUCCAGUGUGAAGGACUUUGCUCAGAAAAGUUUCCGACUGGCAAUGGACAUAAAUUUGAAAGCUCCGGUUAUCAUCAUCCCUGAGUCCUCCAUCUCAAUGAACGCCCUAGUAGCAGAUUUGGGUUUGAUUACUGUACAGAAUAAAUUUACUCUGAUCUCUGCUGAAGAGUGCACACUGCCACCUGUGGUGGACAUCAUGGAGGUUCAACUAACACAGCUGAAACUCUCACGAACUGUUCUGCAGCAAGACUCAGCACAGCCUGAUUUUCAAAUGUUGCAACCAGUGAACAUGCUGCUGAUGAUAAAACGAAAUCUGGCUGUAGCGUGGUAUCACAAAAUCCCUGGCAUAGAAAUAAAUGGAGAUCUAAAAGCAAUGAAUGUUACAGUUAGUCAGGAUGACUUGACAAUCCUACUGAAAAUCCUGCUGGAAAACUUUGGUGAGGCCAUAAGUGACCAGGGUGAUGCAGCAAAGCCAAAAGACUCGGACAAAAUAAAAACCAAAAUUGUUGCCCCUGGAGCCAACCUGUGUGAAGAUUGUCCACAACUGAAAACAAGUGAUAUGACCCAUGGAGAAUCCGAAAAUAAAGCUGAACCAUAUGAGACUUUGAAGUUUGAUUUAAAAUUUGAAUCACUUUCGAUUGUGCUGUAUACUAAGGAUCACAAACAGCCCACUGACCAGCUGCAGCGUCUGGAAAGUUCACGUCUCGGAGAGUUCAGGCUACAUCUCACCACAGCCUCAGGGAUGAUGUUCACGAAUGGAUCGCUGAGUUUCGACAUGAAUCUCACCACGUGUACCCUGGAUGACCUAAGAGAGGGGAUUGAAAAAGUUACCCAGAGAAUGAUUGAGAAAAAACAAGGUGCUCAGGAAAAUGUCAUGAUUGAGUUGCAAUACAACCAGACAGAGGACGAGAUGUCGAUUGUUGCUGUAUUGGAACAUUUAUACCUUUGUGCCAGUGUAGAGUUCCUGCUGGAUGUGGCAGAUUUCUUCAUCAAAGCUAUGCCUGAAAAGUCAGCAGACAAAUCUGUCCCAUUAUAUCUGAAGCAAACUGGAAAGGCCUCUCACAAUAAUGUUACAGACACUCCAAGACGAAAGGUCAAUGUGAAAGUACUGGUGAUGAAUCCUGAAGUUGUGUUUGUGGCAAAUCUCUCAAAAGCUGAUGCCCCUGCACUUGUUGCUUCCUUCCAUUGUGAUACUUCAGUAAUCUAUGAAAAGAAUUCUCAACGAAUAAUUGCCCUUGUCAGUGAUUUAAAGGUUCUAGCAUGUCCUUUCCUACGAGAGAAGAGAGGGACAAAUAUAACCACGGUAUUGCAGCCUUGUUCCUUGUAUUUGGACUUCUUGGAACCUUCAUGUGGGCCUCAAAAUAUCAGUCUUAAGGUAGAAGAGAUAAUUGUAAAGAUUUCCCCAAUUACUCUAAAUACUGUGAUGACAAUCAUGUCAGCCAUGACUCCCAAAGUGCAGGAGAUAGAAAUGCAGCAAACAACUGACAUGGUGACUGACCUCUGGGCCGUGAAGGAUGCCUUCAAUUCUAAUUACUGGUUUCUGGGAGUUGACAUGGCAAGUGAAGCAACAGAGAUUUUCACGGAAGAAAAACGGGAGAAGACUGGGGAAUCCUUCAAAAUAGACGUUUCAUUAAUUCAAGUAACUCUCGAAUGUGGACAUGGCCAUUGCACAAUUCCUUUACUUCUGACUGAGUCAACAUUUUCUGGAAGAGUGGAAAAUUGGACAUCAUUUGUCAGUGUUAAUUCAGACAUGACACUGGAGGUCCUUUAUUAUAAUGAACUGAGUGCAGUAUGGGAGCCUCUCUUGGAGCAAGUUGCUGGAGGGCUGAAAAGAUGGAGUCUGACAUUUCAGAUGAAAACCAACAUGGGGCAGGAUAAAGCUCUUGUUCCAGGAGAUGAUUUCUUUCUAAUUCCUGACCCACAGACUGCCAUUACCAUUUCUUCAAAGGACAUAUUGAAUAUCACAGUGUCCAAAUGCAGUUUGAAUGUUCUCGAUGUCUUAGCCAAGGCAUUUUCAGCAGGAACAGCUUCAACUUUUGAUUAUUCACUGAAGGACCAAGUUCCAUACACCUUAAAAAAUGCACUGGGCAUCCCUUUGGAUGUGCAUCACUCUACAAGUCUACGUGCCAUUGGUUUACCCCCUGAGCAGAAGCUUCAUCAGCUGGAUGCAGGGCAGAUACUGGAACUUGAUUAUUUGGCCGUCCAACCCAGAAAUCGAGGAAAGCUUUCUGUGUUAGAAAGACAAGAAAGUACCAUUUUCACUUUAACAAUAGUGCCACAUGAUUAUACAGAGGUAGCAAAUAUUCCUGUUGCGAAGCCAGGCCGACGCUUGUAUAAUGUCUUCCACCCUGGCAGUGAACAUUCAGUGUCGCUUUUAGCCCAGAUAGAUGUUGUAGAAGGUGAUAAAAGAAUUAUCAUCCGAUCCCCUCUCCAGAUCAAGAACCACUUCUCUGUCUCCUUUAUCAUCUACAAGUUUAUUCCAGAUGGCUGGCAAUUGGAGCCGAUUGGUGUGGCUAAUCCUGAAGAGGAAUUCCAUGUGCCUUUAGACUCUUACAGAGGCCAAUUGUUCCUAAAACCAUCAGGUGAGCUGGAGGACCAAUUCAAAAUGUCAACAACAUAUAUUACUUGGAAAGAAGAGCUUCAUAGGAGCACCGAGAUCCGAUGCACUCUCCAAUGUCCUUCAACUGAGAUGAGCUUCAUUCCUCUUAUAGUAAACACCAUUGCUAUUCCAGAUGAACUGAACUUUAUCAGUAAUCAUGGUGAUGAUGAGUGGGAUCCAGCCUAUAUCAUUCACCUCCAUCCUACAGCUACAAUCAGGAAUCUUCUGCCAUAUAGUUUGCGAUACAUGUUGGAGGCGACUGCUGAAAUUAAUGAACUGGCAGAAGGAUGCACAGCAGACAUACUACAGUCCAGAAUCAGGGGGGAGAUAAUGGAGCUAGUCCUUAUGAAGUAUCAAGGCAGGAACUGGUGUGGCCAUAUUAAAAUUGAAGAUGGACUUGCCGAAAUGUUUCCAGUCUGCUUUACUGCUGACUCUAAGGAUCGCAUGAGCAUUGAUUUGCUUGUCCAUGUUCAGAAAGUUAGUGGCCGUCUGGUUUUGUCUAUUUAUAGCCCAUACUGGAUCAUUAAUAAAACCUCCCGGGUCCUACAGUAUCGUGCAGAAGAUGUACAUGUGAAACAUCCAGCUGACUUCCGUGAUGUUGUUCUCUUUUCCUUCAAACGGAAAAAUAUUUUCAGCAAAAAUAAGAUUCAGCUGUGUGUAUCCACCAGCAGCUGGUCCAAUGGUUUCUCAUUAGACACUGUGGGAAGUUAUGGCUGUGUCAAAUGUCCUGCAAAGAAUAUGGGAUAUUUGAUUGGAGUUACCAUUAAGAUGAGCAGUUUCAACAUGACCAAGGUUGUUACCCUAACUCCAUUCUACACUUUGGUUAACAAGUCUUCCUACGAAUUGGAAGUUGGAGAAGAUCAGCCGAUUGACCAAUUAGACAAUGAGAAAUGGGUUUAUAUUUCAGCAGCAGAGUGUCUUCCUUUCUGGCCAGAAACAACAUCAAACAAGCUUUGUGUCCGAGUGGUUGGUUCUGAACUGUCAUCAAAAUCUUUCUUCUAUAAUAAACAAGACAAUGGCACAUUGUUGAGUCUUGACCAUGUGUGUGGUGGAGUUAUAGUGGAUGUGAAUGUUGCAGAUCAUGCCACAGUGAUCACUUUUACUGACUAUUAUGAUGGUUCUGCACCUGCCCUACUCAUUAAUCACACAACGGCAGUGAAGUUUCGCUUCAAGCAAAGUGGAUUACAGGAUGAGUUGAUACUUGAUCCAGGACAGGCUCGAUUAUUUGCAUGGACUGAUCCUACUGGUAUCAGGAAACUUAACUGGGGCUGUGUCUGGAAAACAGGAGAACUUGACUUGUUAAAGGAUCAGUUUGGACAGUUCCUUUGGGAACGCAACAAUCAGAUUCACUGGGUAUCGUUCCUCGAUGGGCGACAGCGUGUGUUGGUGUUCAGUGAAGAUGUUGCCGUUAUCUCUAAAGCACGACAGGCUGAGGACUUGAAACAGUUUGACAAAGGGGUUACAGUUUCACUUCAUAGCCUUGGACUGUCACUCGUUAACAAUGAAAGCAAACAGGAAAUUGCUUACAUCGGAAUUACCAGUUCUGGUGUUGUGUGGGAAAUGAAACGGAAGCAACGCUGGAGGCCAUUUAGUCAAAAGCACAUCAAUCUUUUGGAAGAGAACUACCAGACACAUCUGACCGCAAAGACUCCAGAAUGCUGGAUAAAGUUGAACAGUAACUUGGAGGUUAAUUUUCAGACGAUGCAAACCCGGUUGCCUCAGCGAAUGAGCAUCAGGCGAAACUUUUUAUCUGGAAUUCAAGUUGAAUAUAAGCAGUCUGCUCAUCACCGGAGUUUACGUGCUCAGUUGUACUGGUUACAGGUUGAUAACCAGCUGGCUGGUGCAAUAUUUCCAAUAGCAUUCCAUCCUGUACCCCCUCCCAAGUCCAUCGCCUUGGAUUCAGAACCAAAGCCAUUUAUUGAUAUAAGCAUCAUCACAAGAUUUAAUGAACAUAGCCAAGUCAUGCAAUUCAAAUACUUCAUGGUCUUGAUUCAGGAAAUGGCUGUGAAAAUUGAUCAGGGGUUUCUCAGUGCAGUUAUAGCAAUGUUUACCCCAGCAUCAGAUCCUCUUACAAUGGCCCAAAAGGCUAAUCUGAUAGAUCAGGACAUGGAAGCGCUGAAGGCAGAAUUGAUGGAAACAUCAAUGACGGAUGCUUCAAGACUUAGCUUCUUCGAGUAUUUCCACAUUUCACCAAUCAAAUUGCAUCUAAGUUUGUCUCUGGACUCAGGAGGAGAAGAGUCCAGUAAAGAAAAGCAGGAAGCAGUACCACUCCAGUCUCUCCACAUCCUGCUCAAAAGCAUUGGAGCUACCUUAACAGAUGUGGACGAUCUCAUCUUUAAGCUUGCAUUCUUUGAAAUGAAAUUUCAGUUCUACAAGUGGAAUCAGCUGAUGUGGGCUGUAAUUUCACAUUAUAGUGAACAAUUUCUAAAGCAAAUGUAUGUGCUUGUUUUGGGACUGGAUGUUCUUGGAAACCCAGUCGGCCUUAUCAGAGGACUGUCUGAAGGUGUCGAAGCAUUCUUCUAUGAACCUUUCCAGGGUGCUGUUCAGGGACCAGAGGAAUUUGCAGAGGGCUUUGUGAUAGGAGUGAGGAGUCUGCUUGGACACACUGUUGGUGGUGCAGCUGGUGUCGUAUCUAGAAUCACAGGCACUGUUGGGAAAGGUCUGGCUGCAAUCACGAUGGAUAAAGAAUACCAACAGAAACGCAGGGAGGAAAUGAACCGCCAGCCCAAGGACUUUGGAGACAGUUUGGCUAAAGGAGGAAAAGGCUUUUUACGGGGUGUGGUUGGAGGAUUUACAGGAAUAGUCACAAAGCCAGUUGAAGGUGCUAAAAAGGAAGGUGCGGCUGGUUUCUUUAAAGGAGUUGGCAAAGGUCUGGUUGGCGUUGUUGCCCGACCAACAGGUGGGAUCGUUGACAUGGCGAGCAGCACUUUGCAAGGAAUUAGAAAGGUAGCAGAAUCAACUGAAGAUGUAAAUAAACUCCGCCCACCGCGGUGUAUCCGUGAAGAUGGGAUCAUCAGGCCUUAUGAUCGCACUGAAUCCGAGGGUUGCCACUUGUUUGAGUUUUUGUCAUGUCAUGAAAAGGGAGAGUAACGUGCUGUACAUAACGAUGAAGGAAGAGGCUGAGUAUCUCGGUUAAUUUUCCAUUCCAUUCACUGCUCGAGCUGCUUUGUUAAAGAUUCCAUCGCAAUAAUGGUUGAGCCUGUUUGUCUUUGGUUACCUGUCAGGCAACCUAUUGAUGGGAGAAAAUGCUACAAUUCUCCUCAUAAACAUGAGUUCUGCCAGUUUGACUCCCAGACUCUACUGACUCACCUCCAGUUUCCUGGUCUCUUGCUCUCCAAUUGUUUCGAGUGAAACAGACUUGGCAAAUUGAAUUGCCAGCCCAAAGUUGGAAAUCGGAUUUCUCCUUUGUGGUUCUGGAGCUUCCCAGAUAGGGGCAAAUUUAACUUAAACCUGUUUCUGAUUGUUCCGUGUACUUCUGUCCAUUCGGAAAGCAACAGACUGAUGCUUGAAGCAUCUGGCAGGGGAACACUCAGCAUUAAGUAUUCUUCAACUCUGCAAUAGCCAAAAUUGACUAUAUCCACUGCCUCACACUAUGCUUGCAUGCUAUUAGUUUAUAUUUUUCUGAUGGUUAAAAAAAAUAAAACAAAGAGGUUAUGGUUGAAUAGGCACUAAAUUGAUUAAGGGCUCUGUGCACCUUUUGCAGCUUUCAAAAUACAUUUCUGAGAUGUAUUCUUCUGAGAUAUAAUUUGAGCAGUACUGUAGGACCACAGAAAGCGGAAAAGGCUGACAUCUGAGAACACUUCUUUUUAUUUAAACGGAAAAUGCUGGAAAAUCUCAGCAGGUCUUACAGCAUCUGUGGAGGGAGAAACAGAGUUAACGUUUCAAAUCCGUAUGACUCUUCUUCAGAGACUUUUCUUUUUAUUUAAAUUCUGGAUUGGACUGCAGGCAAUACUGAAUGGCUAGCAAAUGCCAAUAUUUACAUCUAAUUUAAAGUUAAAGCUUAGAAUUCCUAAAAUGACCCUUCUGAACAGUUUAGCUUAGAGACCUGAGCUUCUCUUUGGGCUACAGAGAAGCUUCGGAUGAUAUUUAGACAAAAAGCAGGAAGCUUGUAAUCAGAGUUUGCCAUUAAACGUAUUUGCUGUGUCUAAGUUUGAUUACAGAUUUUGAUCUUUGUCUUCUAUUUUGGAACGAAGCUGCAGUGGAUUAUUUGAAAGUAUCAUGCUUUCAUAUGCUUUCAGCAGAUUUCUGUCAGUUCUGUUCUGACUGGUUCGCAUAACAUGGAAUACAUGCGAUCAGUAUUUCACUCCUCCCCUCUCCUUUACACACCGUGCCUUCUCCGACUGAUCGUGUUUUUUAUUAUUUCACAGGACACGGGCAUUGCUGGCUAGGCCAGCAUUUUUAUUGCCCAUUCCUAAUUACCCUUGAGAAGGUGGUGGUGAGCUGCUGCCUUGAACCGCUGCAGUCCAUGUGGUGUAGGUGCACCCACAGUGCUGUUAGUGAGGGUGUUCCAGGAUUUUGACCCAGCGACAGCGAAGGGACAGAGAUAUAGACUAAAGUCAAGAUGGUGUUUGGUUUGGAGGGGAACUUGCAGGUGGUGAUGUUCCCAUGUAUCCACUUGUCCUUUUAGGUGGUAGAGGUCAUGGG